AUGGAUCAAAAACCUUUGACAGCUUUCCCCAUAUCCUUCCUGAAGACAAUACAUCUCAUCGGUUCUCUCUCCUGGCUGCAAGUGCUCUACGCAGUCUCCUACAUCGUACGCCCGUUUUGGAACACACGGCGCGAGUUUCCACCAUUCAACAGAGCCAUCGAUCGCACAGAAAAAAGCAUUAUCAACACCAUACUCGGCACUAUUGCACUCUCAGCCCAUAGUUCUGAAAUAGAAACAGAGCGCCAGUGGUACCUUUCAUCGGGAAAUGGCACCCUGAACAACAUGCGCACCACCUCCCAAUCCAUCCCCAGCUUGCUAGUCACCUCACCAUGGCCACCGGAUGAACAUCAAGACUCGGAUUCCUCAUUAGAGCAAGAAAGUCCCACCUCACAGCCGAGCACCGAAUCUCCCCGAGAAAACUUCCCUAUCUAUGAAACCGUGCGCAAGCUCCGAUCUAGCACACGGGGCAGCAUUUCAAAGCUCGCCAACUCGGCAAAAUCCAUCUUCCGACAGCCUCUGACCGUUCUGCCACGGAAUAUGGGCGUCCCCUCCCCGGAUGAGGAACGGGCCGAGCGAGACCUGAUUCCAGUCCCAGUACACACUGCGCAGCCUCACUUCGUCCAGAACAUGGCUUUCCCCGCGCCCAUGUCGGCCUCUGCACAUAUCACGGAUCACUUUAGUGACCCUGGUCCGUCGACUGGAAGCAAGGUGCAACAGCCAGUCUCGUUUGGGGCGACCAUUGAUGCGGCAGCUGAUUCUGAUACGGUGCAGAUGAAUCGAGCGCGCAAGUAUCAAUCUGUCGAGAGCUAUCCGGGAAAGUUCCCUGUUAGUGAUACAUUGGAUUAUAGCUCGCUUGCUAGCGCUUAUGCUGUUAGAGGGAGGGGGACUACCUCCGUUCGACCUUUCUCGGACUACUAG